UCCGCCGCAUUCCUGGAAUUCUUCCUCGCGGCAGCGGCGGGUGGACGGCUGCGGGUUCUCUGUCCGCCGCCCGCCCCAGCCGGCUAGAAGCCUUCGGCCAGUGACAGCAAGUGAGCCUUGGAGGAGGAGGAGCUCGCAGAGACUGCCAAAGGAGACCCCAAAGUCUGAAGAACAAUGGCCCUUUGUGGAAUAUGAAGUGUACCUAUGGCUGCAUGGUUUUCUCUCGCUAACGGUGGAGAGCUGAGCAUGGCCCUGGGUCCUCAGAAAGCCAGCUGAUCCAACUCAUCAUGCAUCAACUUUUCAGAUUGGUUUUGGGACAAAAAGAUCUUUCCAGAGCUGGGGACCUCUUCUCUUUAGAUGACGCUGAGAUUGAGGACAGCCUGACAGAAGCUUUGGAACAGAUUAAAGUCAUUAGCUCAUCUUUGGAUUACCAAACUAAUAAUAAUGACCAGGCAGUGGUUGAAAUCUGUAUCACAAGGAUCACAACAGCCAUCAGAGAGACGGAAUCUAUUGAAAAGCAUGCCAGGGCCCUGGUGGGACUGUGGGAUUCCUGCUUGGAACACAACCUGAGACCUGCAGGGAAAGAUGAAGAUACUCCACAUGCAAAAAUCGCAUCUGACAUCAUGAGCUGCAUCUUGCAGAAUUACAACCGGACUCCUGUGAUGGUCUUAGCCGUCCCCAUUGCAGUGAAAUUCCUCCACAGAGGUAACAAGGAGCUGUGUAGGAACAUGUCCAACUACCUAUCCCUGGCUGCCAUCACCAAGGCCGAUCUCCUGGCUGAUCACAUCGAAGGGAUAAUAAAGAGCAUACUCCAAGGAAAUGCCAUGCUGUUGAGGGUGUUACCUGCUGUGUAUGAAAAGCAGCCACAAGCAAUCAACAGACACCUGGCAGAACUCCUGGCCUUGAUGUCUCAAUUGGAGCAGACAGAGCAGUACCAUCUACUACGGCUUUUGCAUGUAGCAGCAAAGAGGAAAGAUGUGGAGGUGGUUCAGAAAUGUGUUCCUUUCCUGAUCAGGCAUUUGAAGGAUUCAACCCACAAUGACUUCAUCCUAAACAUCCUCAUAGAAAUAGUAGGCUUUGAGCCACUGGCUUUGAGCAGCUUUCUACCCAUGCUGAAGGAGAUUGGGGAGAGAGUCCCCUACCUCACCGGACAAAUAGCAAGGAUCUUUGGCGCUGUUGGACAUGUGGACGAAGAAAGAGCCAGGAGCUGCUUACGAUACCUGGUGAGCCAGCUAGCUAACAUGGAGCACUCAUUUCACCAUAUUCUCCUGCUGGAAAUCAAGAGCAUCACUGAUGCCUUCUCCUCCAUCCUGGGCCCUCACAGCAGGGACAUCUUCCGAAUGAGCAACAGCUUCACCAACAUUGCCAAGCUGCUUUCCCGACGACUGGAAAACAGCACGGCUGGGAAUGGCAGGAGAAAAACCAGCUCUGAGGUUGGCUUUCCGGAGAAACUUGGAGAAGCCAAGACCAUGAUGGAGGAGCCUAAAAGUGAAGACCAUGAAAAACUCCAAGUUAAAAUCCAAGCCUUUGAAGACAAAAUAAAUGCUGAGAGCAAUUCCCCUGGCUCUGUCCGCAGAUACAGCUUAGACCACAUCUCUAAGGAGGAACGAAGAAACAUUCGAUUUAGCAGGUCCAGGAGUUUGGCUUUGAAUACUGUUCUCACAAAUGGAGUGAGAGCAGGAGAUGGGGAAGCUGAAGAAAGGGCGGGAAUACACGCCAGCAUCUCUCUUUCAGAAAUAGACCCACUUAGCCACGGAACUGGCAAGUUGCCCCUUAAGAUAGAUGCCCGUGGAUCACAGCUGAGAAAUUCCUCAGCUUCACACCCAAGUAUUGUACAUAUAGAAUCAGAGAAUAUGCCUGGAACUGUUAAAGAAAACAUCCAGGAAGCCAUUCCAGAGACAGCCACAAGUCCCACUGAAUACCAAGAUAAGCUGUACUUGCAUUUAAAGGAAAACUUCAGUAAAGUGAAGGCUUAUGCCAUGGAAAUCGCAAAAAAGGUCCCAGUCCCAGACCAGUGCACCAUUGAAGAUACCAUGAGAAGUUGUGUGGCAAAGCUGUUCUUUACCUGUUCCUUAAAGGGUCAUUACUGCCUGUACAGCAAGUCCAGUUUCAUCCUCAUCAGCCAAGCACCCCAGCCAUGGAUCCAGAUUAUGUUCCUCUUCCAACAGAGCCUGUUUCCCGAGCCCCUGUCCAUUCAGAGUGGGUCUGUGCAGUUCCUCAAAGCCCUGUGGGAGAAGACACAGGCCAGCGGAACCCACAGCUUUGAAGAUGCCAUGACAGAGUCCACAUUUCCACAGCAGAAGGAUCUGGAGCAGGUUCAGCUCCAUCUGGAAGAAGUGAGGUUCUUUGACGUGUUUGGCUUCAGUGAAACAGCAGGGGCAUGGCAAUGCUUUAUGUGCAACAACCCUGAAAAGGCAACCGUUGUGAAUCAAGAUGGCCAGCCUCUCAUAGAAGGAAAACUUAAAGAGAAACAAGUCAGAUGGAAGUUCAUCAAGAGGUGGAAAACACGUUAUUUUACAUUGGCUGGAAACCAACUUCUGUUUCAAAAAGGAAAAUCUAAAGAUGAUCCUGAUGACUCCCCAAUAGAACUCAGCAAAGUGCAGAGUGUGAAAGCUGUGGCUAAGAAACGCCGGGAUCGCUCUCUCCCUCGGGCUUUUGAGAUCUUCACAGACAAUAAGACCUAUGUUUUCAAAGCCAAGGAUGAGAAGAAUGCCGAGGAGUGGCUGCAGUACAUCCACGUGGCACUUGCCCAGGCGAAAGAGAGGGAAAGUAGAGAAGUGACCACGUAUCUGUAGAGACAUGGACACCGCUUCUUAGGACUGUGCAUGAUAGGCGAUGCCAAUGUCAACAGAAAGAGAAAUCCACCGCAGCAUACUGGGUUUCACUAAACACCAGUGAAACCAUUAUCCCUAAGGAGGGUCUAAAAUGACAGGGUUCUCAUUCCCACGCCCUCACAACUCUUGUGUUAACUCCAAGAUGUCUUCCUGAAGUGCAUGAGAAAGAGAAGCCAUAGAGUUCGUAUUGGAGCGUGUAGGGGGCUAGGAAGGGAAAGUUAUGAAGGAAGGAACUUCUGUAGCUAUGCGAUCUGUGACUGUAAGAAAACAGUAAAGGGGUCAGUGAGAAGGCUCAGCAGGUAAAAGGCACUUGCUGCCAAGCCUGAUGGCCUGAGUUCUAGCCCCGUCUGCUCUCCACAUACCACAGCACAUUCAUGCCCCCAGUAAGUAAGUAAAUAAAUAAAUAAAUAAACGGAAUUUUAGAAACAGGUGCCUGAAAGAUCUAC